UUGCAGACGGUGCCCGGCGCCGGGGCGCGGGCGGCCCUUUGCAGACGGUGCCUGGGCGGAGCCGGCAGCCCGGAGCCGGCAGCCCGGAGCCCCGCGCCGCGGGCGAGCAGUGCAGGACAUGACUCCACAUCUCAAAAUUGCUGAGGGAUUAUGGAGCAGUUGCCCACUACUGGGAGUUUUUGCUGCUUGUUGUGCUCAUCUGAACCGGAGGCAGGGGUCCACGUGGAACAGGUUCUGUUGGAAAAAUCCCUCUACGUCAGGAGAUGAUCAGCGAGUUUGGAAAGACAAGGGAUUGAGCAACCUGAACUUCACAUUGUAGUGCUAAUAGCCUGGAUAGGUACUUCAUGCAUCUGAUGGGAUGUGGCAUUGGGUAGAAAUCCUCAGUGGAAGGAAGCAGUUCAGCCGUUGUUGUGACUCCUGUCUCUGCUGACUGGAACUGAGCUCUGGAAAAACAAAGUGGAGCUUGGAGCAUGUGGCCUGAGGAUUGCCUUACAAAGCAAGGGGUGGUAGCUAAGAAGUGAGCAGGAUGCCACCAGGCAUUUACUGCCCUACGGAAUUCUGGGCCAAGGGGGAAAAUCAAAACAUCCAGGUGGACUUUCUGCUGCCCACAGGCAUAUACUUAAACCUUUCUGUGUCCUGCAAUGCCAGCUUGGGCACCAUCAAGCAGGUGGUGUGGAAACAUGCUCAAUAUGAGCCACUGUACCACAUGCUCAGUGACCCCGAAGCAUACGUCUUCACGUGCAUCAACCAGACAGCGGAACAGCAAGAGCUGGAGGAUGAGCAGCGGCGGCUUUGUGACAUCCAACCCUUCUUACCGGUACUGCGGCUCGUGGCUCGAGAAGGAGACAGGGUCAAGAAGGUUAUUAACUCCCAGAUCAGCCUGCUCAUUGGAAAAGGUUUGCAUGAAUUCGACUCUGUGCAGGAUCCGGAGGUGAAUGAUUUCCGCACCAAAAUGUGCCAGUUCUGUGAGGAGAGAGCAGCAAAGCGGCAGCAGCUCAGCUGGGCAGCUUGGAUGGAGUACAACUUUCCCUUGCAGCUGGAGCCCAUGGCCAAGGGCCUUGGGACUGGCUCUCUACAUAUCUCCACCAAGAACAUUUUUGUCAACGUCAAGUUUCAGUCUGGCGGGGAGAGCUUCACUUUCCAGAUCUCCCCAAAGGAGUUCCCCAUCACAUUAAUGAGCUAUGCUAUCAAGAAGCAGGCUACUGUCUUCCGCCAUGAGACAGUGGAGAAGCCAGAGGACUAUACCCUGCAGGUGAAUGGGAAAUGUGAAUAUCUCUAUGGGAACUACCCCCUGUACCAGUUCCAGUACGUUCGCAGCUGCCUCCACCGAGGCCUGACACCCCACCUGACGAUGGUACACUCCUCCGCUAUCAUUGCCAUGAGAGACGAGCAAACCAAUUGUAUUGCCAGCCCCCCAAAGACAACUCCUAAGCCUCCCCCGCUUCCUAAGAAAAAGCCAAACUACAGCUCUCUCUGGUCCUUAGAGCAGUCUUUCUACAUUGAGCUGGUGCAAGGCAGCAAGGUCAAUGCAGAUGAGAGAAUGAAGCUGGUGGUGCAGGCAGGUCUCUUUCACGGCAAUGAGAUGCUGUGUAAGACAGUGUCAAGCUCUGAAGUGAAUGUAUGCUCAGAACCAGUGUGGAAGCAGAGGCUGGAUUUUGAUAUUAACAUCUGUGAUCUUCCCCGUAUGGCACGGCUCUGCUUUGCCCUCUAUGCUGUCAUCGAGAAGGCAAAGAAGGCACGUUCCACCAAGAAGAAGUCCAAGAAAGCUGACUGCCCAAUUGCCUGGGUGAAUGUCAUGCUCUUUGACUAUAAAGACCAGCUGAAAACAGGGGAGUGCUGCUUGCACAUGUGGUCCUCCUUUCCAGAUGAGAAAGGGGAACUUCUGAACCCCAUGGGCACGGUACAGUGCAACCCCAACACAGAAAGUGCAGCAGCCUUGGUCAUCUGCUUCCCCAGCGUUGCAUCACAUCCUGUGUAUUACCCGUCGUUUGAGCAGCUGCUGGAGUUGGGGAGGAAUGGAGAACAACCCCGUGCUGCACCAGAAGAUCCUGAGGAGAGGCUGCAACUGAAGGAGAUACUGGAACGGAGGAGCCACACUGAACUAUAUGAGCAUGAGAAAGACUUGGUGUGGAAGAUGAGAUAUGAUAUCCGUGACCAGUACCCACAGGCUUUGGCAAAGCUGCUUAUCAUCACCAAGUGGAACAAGCAUGAAGAUGUUGCCCAGAUGAUUUCUCUGCUUCAAACCUGGCCAGAGUUGCCUGUCCUGAAUGCCUUGGAGCUGCUGGAUUUUAGCUUUCCUGACCGUUACGUUGGCUCCUUUGCUAUCAACUCAUUAAAGAAGCUGACAGAUCACGAUGUGUUCCAAUACCUGCUACAGCUUGUCCAGGUGCUUAAGUAUGAAUCCUACUUAGACUGUGAAUUAACCAAGUUCCUGCUGGACAGGGCGCUAUCCAACCGCAAGAUCGGCCACUUCCUCUUCUGGCACCUGAGGUCAGAAAUGCAUGUUCCUGCAGUUGCCUUGAGGUUUGGCCUGAUCCUGGAAGCAUACUGCAGAGGCAGCACCCACCAUAUGAAAGUUUUGAUGAAACAGGGAGAAGCACUCAACAAGAUGAAAGCUCUGAAUGACUUUGUUAAAGCAAGUUCUCAGAAGGCCACCAAGCCUCAAACCAAGGAGAUGAUGCAUGUGUGCAUGAAGCAGGAAACCUACCUUGAAGCACUUUCCCACCUCCAGUCCCCCCUGAACCCAAACAUUAUCCUCGCUGAAGUUUGCGUGGAUCAGUGCACCUUUAUGGACUCCAAAAUGAAACCUUUAUGGAUUGUGUUUAAUAAUGAAGAGACAGGUCGAGGUGGUGUGGGUAUUAUUUUUAAAAAUGGAGAUGAUCUUCGUCAGGAUAUGCUGACUCUGCAGAUGAUCCAGUUGAUGGACAUCCUGUGGAAGCAGGAGGGCCUGGACCUGAGGAUGACCCCUUAUGGCUGCCUCUCCACAGGAGACAAGACUGGACUGAUAGAAGUGGUCAUGCAUUCAGACACCAUUGCCAACAUCCAGCUGAACAAGAGCAACAUGGUGGCCACUGCAGCCUUCAACAAGGAUGCACUGCUGAACUGGCUAAAAUCCAAGAACCCGGGCGAUGCAUUAGAACAAGCUAUAGAGGAGUUCACUCUGUCCUGUGCUGGGUACUGCGUGGCAACAUAUGUGCUGGGGAUAGGUGACCGGCACAGUGACAACAUCAUGAUCCGGGAAACUGGACAGCUGUUCCAUAUUGAUUUUGGUCACUUUUUGGGGAACUUCAAGACUAAAUUUGGUAUUAACAGAGAACGAGUUCCUUUCAUCUUAACCUAUGACUUUGUGCACGUCAUCCAGCAAGGAAAAACUAACAACAAUGAGAAGUUUGAAAGAUUCAGGGGUUAUUGUGAAAAGGCCUAUAUGAUUCUGAGGCGCCACGGUCUCCUCUUCCUGCACUUGUUUGCACUGAUGAAAGCUGCUGGCCUGCCGGAGCUCAGCUGCUCUAAAGACAUUCAGUAUUUAAAGGAUUCCCUGGCUCUUGGGAAAACAGAUGAGGAGGCACUGAAGCACUUCAGACUAAAGUUUAACGAAGCCCUGCGAGAGAGCUGGAAAACCAAAGUGAACUGGCUGGCACACAACGUAUCCAAAGAUAACAGACAGUAGAGCAACACGAGCCUGUCCACUUGCUCCAAGAGAAUGUAAUACCUGCACUGAGUCUGGCAGUUGUAGACAGGUUUUUAAAGACUGAUGAAUGUUGCCAUGUUGAAGAUCCCCCACCUGCGUUCCCAGAGAUCAGACCUUUCCACAGGACUGAAAAAUUGUUGGACUGUCAUCAGCCACAUAAUCAUGUCUGCUGUAGAUCUUUGGGGGACAAGGGAGAGACGUGAGGCAAUAAAAUUACUGCAUACAGUGAAAGGUAGGUAGAUGUACUGUACCCUUAAGGAUGUGUUGAGCUUCAAAUACACCUUCUAAUGGAAGAGUGCAGGCAGUUGCAACAUCCUUCUGGCAUGUUCAUGUGCGUAUUUCUAUUUUCUUGAAAAUUUAGCUGACCACUGAGAACCUUCUAUCCCUGUAGUUCUUAUACUAUAGCCCGUCUUCUAGGUCCCUACUGUUACAGCUCAGCGGCAUUAACUCCACCAUGUGAUUGUGCCUCCUACCCUGUUCCCACGUACACCAAGGUAGGUCAGCUUAAAUCACCACUGGAACAGACUGGGACAAAUUGUUAUACUCUGCAUUGUGACAGGGUGAAAAUACCCACGCGGUCACACUGCUCGCGCUCUGCUACAGAGGCCAGAGCGUUCUGAAACUGAACUGGAACCCCAGUAUGGCUGUCGAAACACUGAUGCCACAAGAACAGGCUUGGAUUGGCUGGUGGGAAAGCAAACAGAAACACCUAACCCAAGUCAGACUUCAGUUCAGUCUCAGCAGUUCCUGGGUUUCUGCAAUUAUUCUGUUUUUAAGCCUGAAAACAGUAAGAUUGCUUUUUCAAAAUUGGCACGUAAUGCUGGUUGCUACAUGUACCUCCUGUUGGGGUGCAUCAGGGCUGCUUUGCCACCCGGUUUCCCUGCAACGCGUGCGUGCAGGGCGCUGGCCUACACCUACGUAACGGCAGGGACACAGCACUAACUCCAGUGUCAGCUGGGACGGAUGGCACCGUUCUGUGCCCAAGUCCUUUGGCCAACCUGCCUUCCUGCGUAAGGGCAGAGGAGUGCCGCAUGAGUGGGUUUAACACUGAAACACACACCGUAAGUUGUAUCUCAAGUCUCAUCUUCUUACAAACACAUUCCCUGUUCCUUUCCGCACUUUUCCUCCUUUCAGCCAUGCUACACGACUCCUUGUCUGUUACUGGAGCUGGUGUGCAAAGACUGUCCCUAUGGGGGUCAGCCAGAGCGCAAGCUGCCGUCCUCUGGGCUGGUAUCUAAAUCAAACCGUUGACUCCAGCCUCCUCCUGUUCUCACUGCCACCUCCCUCCCAGGCAGGAUCUAUCCCAUCUCCCACAGGGUGCUGUGAUCAAUCACCCGUUUCUAUUCAUGUGUCGUAUUUUUGUGUCCAGCUAGUGUCCUCACCUCGUGAGCAGUUCUGGGCACUGCUGUUGCACAGGGACAGAUGAACAGGAGCCACUGCUGCGUCACUGCUGCCACUCGGUGCCUCCCACGGUAGCAAGUGAUGCACCUCGUAGGCAGCCUACGGGUCCUGCCGGAAGACAGGUGGAGCGGUGUGGUUGGUACCUGCGUCCCUUAGCAGUCCCCUGGGGGUCCACCUCCCCUUUCCCCAUGUUCUCCGCAUCAGGUUCCUAUGGAGGUGCUGCCAUUCCUGCCUUUUAAGGAAUAGCAUAGUGUAAUUUUCAAGACACCCCUGAAGCUGAAUCCUGUAUUUGAUUUGUAUGCCCUUAACUAGGUUGAGCAAUUUUAAUUUACUCACAGAACUGUUUUUUAAACUUUUUUUUAAAAUCUACAUAAGUAAGCCCAAGUGAAAAAUAGACAUUUCAGAUCCUGUUUCUCAGGUGACAAGAGAUGCAUGUACUGUCAAAAAUGAUACACUACUUUCUGGUGUAAACUGAGCUUUCAUGUCUAGUUUGAUAUUCCUACAAAACCAGCAAGGUUAAGGCAGAGACUGAAUGGGCCCAUUUAAUAGAUCUUCCCUGUCAUGGGAUGAAUUUGAUUAGAUGCUAUUUUUACAUCCAGCAUAUAGGCACAACUCAUUCCUGACUUUCAGCUCUUUUUAAUACUUAAAAAUUAAAGUAAGUUCACUUUUUUUUUGGUGUGUUAAGAGGACAAGUUCAAAUACAUUAGCUCUGCAGCUGACAAAGAACAAAGUUAAUACUGCCUUAAAAAAAAUAACUUCUACCCCAAGCAGAAGUCAAUAGUAGUAGGUAACGCUAGAGGUUUGGUCAGUGAACGAACACCUUUAAUAAACCCUCCCCUCGUUCCCUUUACAUACAAACAGAUAUGAGCAGAUUAUGGUUUAGCGUUAUGCUGUUGCUAAUUUAAAUUCUGAUUUAAAGUGCCCUUUCCUUUCAUAAAAAGACAUUAUGCUAUAAAGGCUAUUCUAUACUGGUUUGUAUACGUCAAUAUAAAGCUCUCAUAGAGCACCUGUUACUAGAAGCAACAGUUAUACAGAAGACAAUUGAUUUUAACUUCACAGAACCCUUGGAGAUCCCUUGUUUCUACACCUUUCAAAUGAUACUGUAUGUGACUGAGAAGGGGCGAGAACGUUUCAAGACAGAAAGGUGUGUACCCUUCCGAGUGAGCCCAGCUUACUUACCAGCACAUUCCUCUAACAGUUCUUCAGCAUACCCAGCAGUACAGACGGUACGUUUGCAGCAAUUGCUCUUGCUGUAUUGGCUCAGUUACAGACCCAGCUUAGCCAGAACUGAAAGCUCGCUUCACGUCUUCGUGUAACUAUGCAUUUGACCAUAACACUAGGAAAAAACCACCGUGUAAAUGUGUUCAGAUUGACCUGCAGGAAAGAAAACUACUGUCUAUCUUGACUGGAGCCAGCACUCUAGAACUGCUGCUGCUUCUAGAGAUCAGACUAAAAGAAACUUCCUGCAGCCUUCGCGUGUCGUCCUCAGAGGUCAGCUCUCCGCAGUGGGCUGUAACUGGCCCUCACUCGUGGUUCUCCUGAGUCUGGGGUAUUACAGUCGUCUUGCACUGCACAACAGACAGUGAUCGCAGGUUUCAAAUAAAGUCCUAAACAGUGAAUCCGUAUUUGCCAUUUGCAGUACGGUACUAUGAAACUAAACUGGUUAAGAUAAUAUCAGAGCAAACAGUCAGGACCUAUUUUUGUAAAGCUGUUUUAAGUAUUAGAAGAAUAAUUUUCCUUUCCUAUGCCAGAUUAUAGCCUCAAGCUUCACAGGCUAGGAGGGUGCUGAGUGUUACGAUUUAAACUAGGAGUAGGAAGCUUGUAUCUCUUACAUCCAAUUAAAAAAAAAAAAUCCAUAACCAUGACGACUUCACAAAUGCAGAAAUUUCCAUGAGGUAGCAAGUUACCGCCCGUCAGCUGCUCUCCCACGACCGACAGCAAGUCUGUGUCUUCACAGCACGAUGCUGCUCUGCACCAGCUGACCACUCUGUUGCUCUACCUUGGUUUUUUUCCCCCCAGAAGGACAGGUCACACGAUACUCACUCCCAGUCAGCGUGCAGGACUAAUGCACACCGCGCCUGGUAAGCGCCUUGUUCGUACCACGUUGCCAGCCCUCCAGGACAAUGCUUUUAAAAGGUUCCACCAUUGUCCUCUAAUGAUUUGGUGCCAUCUUUUGUAAUUUGAGGGUUUUGUUAAGAGCCCGAUCUGUGGAGACCAAGCAUUCUGCAACCAAGCUUAACGGAGUAUUUAGAAAAUUGGCCUCAGUCAUGGAAUAAAAUAAGGUUGGCGGGGAUUCUCCUGAAAUACUUAACAGGAAAUGCAAAAAGGAACACAGAAGCCCAGCACUCAAGCUCUAACAGUUGGUUUGAUUUUAGAAAUAUGGUAGGAGUUAAGAGCUCUGUUCGUGUUGAUCAGACAGUGAGAAAAAGAGUCCUGCACUCAUCUAAACCACUGCUGCCCCGGCAGGGAGAGGCAGGCACUCACGACCUCUUUGUAUUCCCUCUCUCAGGGGCAUGCCCAGGUUUGCUUCCCUGCAGCCACACAUCUUUGCUCCAUUUUAGAGAACAGAUCAAUAUUGUUAUUUCCUUCCUUAUUAAAUUAACGGAGCAAAAAGUAUGCAACAGUAUCAGGCCACGUGCAGGCUGAGAAGCACCAAACCACAACCACAUCAGUGGUUUGCACAUUCUUGUGGAAGGGAAGAAACAUGCUACAGUGAAUGGAGAAGCAAUUCUCAGUGUUGCCACAAACUGGUAACUCGGGACGCUGCCUGUUACACUGCAGCGAGGCAGCUUUGCCCAGUCAUCUCCUUCGUCACCCUCACCUACUUGGUUUACAGGCUGGCAGCCGUACAUGCCCUCAGCCCUUGUUUUGGUAACGUUUCCGGAAAACUCAGGCCCCAAUACCAUUUUAGAGAAGCACAGCACAGCAGUGGCUCGUGUCAUCCACCCUUCAAUUUCAGAAGUGCAAUAAUACAAGUUGUAUCGGUGUAAACUGCAGGAACUGCGCAAUUCCAAAGGCGUUUCUCCACCCAGCACAGUUUUAGAGAGAGGUUACUUAAGUCUAGAAAAUUGACUUACCUACAAGAAGUAAAAAUACCAAUGAGUCAAGUGGACCUUCUUCCUUGUACACCCCUGGAGCAGCAUCCUGAAUGACACUCCUGGUGGCUGUAUCAGGUAGCAAAGGACCUCCGACUCCAAAUGUCCAAUGCAGCAGCUCACCUGACAGUUUUCAGCAAGUUGAAUUGUACUGAAGAUGGAAACUUAAAUCACUUUUGAAAAUAUUAAUUUCACUAUAAAUAGCUUCUGAUUUUAUAAAUAUGCUCAAAAUGAUACCCCUUUCUAUUUAUUUAGAGACAUUUCUGUGAUUAUUUUUUUUAACUCUGUACAAACUGAUUGUGCUUAUUCUGUUGCCUUUGAAAAAAGAAGUAUUUUUUUAAGCCAAGCCACAGUUCUGUAACCAGAGAAUGUUUACAUGUUUAACGUUUCAGUUGCUUUAGGUACAUGUUUUGUAAGUAAAAAAAUAAACUGAUAAAUUGUA